UGGGGAAUUCAUGGCCUCAGGCUAACAAACACAGUCGAAAAGCAGCAGAAAGCCCUGAAAGAAUUAACGCUGCUCGGCUCCCUCACGGACUAACAGCGUGGAGUUUCAUUUGUACGGAAACACCUCAUGACAGACAGAAGACACUUUUCCGAUCGACAGUAUUUUGAGGUAUGCGUGUUGCAGCUUGUUUCUUUUGCUCGGUUUGCUGAGCCUUCAGUUUUUGAUUGGUCAUAAGAAGGAUGAAUUUGAUGUGAUGAUGCCAACCCACCUUUGACAAUGUAUGAGGUGAUGUCUGGUGACACCCUGUCCUGGAAGGUGCCCAGUCCACGACAAAAUGAAACGGAGGCUGGCCCUGAAGCACAAUUCUCUGGGGAUGGUGGACCUGUCAAAAUCCUUAAAGUGUGCUUCUGCACCAACAACAACCUGGGCAAGAAUUUCAAGCUGGUGAAAUGUGACAACUCCUGGCAAAUUAGGGCUAUCAUUCGUUCGAUUCUGGUCAGCGGGCGUUUAGGGCCAAACGUUCAACACGCAGGAUGCUAUGGCCUCAUGCUAAAGCACCUGAAGUCAGAAGAACUUCACUGGCUCCAUCCAGACCUGACUGUCGGAGAAGUGGAGAAGCGCUAUGAGAGCAAUCAUCUGGAAGCUGAGUGGAGAUAUGACCUUCGUAUCAGAUACAUUCCUGUGAAUUUUGUGGAAAAAUUCAAAGAUGACAGAUCGACCUUUGUGUAUUUUUACCAACAGGUGCGUAGUGAUUACAUGCAGUAUCAUGCCAGUAAAGUCAGUGACGGGAUGGCAUUGCAGCUUGGUUGUUUGGAGAUCAGGCGGUUCUACAAAGACAUGAAUGCAAAAGGUCUUGAAAAGAAAUCUAACUUUGAGCUGCUAGAAAAAGAAGUUGGCCUGGACCUUUUCUUUCCACAGCAACUGAUUAACAGCAUGAAGCCUAGGCCCCUGCGCAAGAUGAUUCAGCAAACAUUUCAGCAAUUUGCAACACUCAAGGAGGAUAACUGCAUGAUCAAGUUUUUUGAGACGCUUAAGGAGUUCGUCAGCUACGAUGAAGAGGCCUUCCCCUGUGAACUAGUGCAAGGCUGGAGUCUGUCGGUGGAGCUGGUCGUCGGUGGGAGAGGAAUUCGCCAACGCACACAGAAGGAUUCAGCUGCUGUGUUUUUAGCUGACUUCAAACAAAUUAAGAAAGUACAAUGCAUAUCGCAGAACGAUGGCAAGGCUCUCCUAAAUCUUGACAUAGAGGGCGCGAAGCAAGUUCAAGUAGUGACAAGCAGUUUGAUGGCCAGAGACAUAGCAGUUCGGAAUAUAUUAGUCGCCAGUCCGGACUGUGUGAAGCUUGGAGACUUUGGUCUAUCAAGGUACAUAGAGGAUGAAGAAUACUACAAAGCAUCUGUGACCCGAUUACCAAUCAAGUGGAUGGCCCCAGAAUCCAUUAAUUUCAGGCGUUUUACCUCAGCUAGUGAUGUGUGGAUGUUUGCUGUGUGUAUGUGGGAGAUAAUGAGCGGUGGACAGCAGCCGUUUUUCUGGCUUGAGAACAGAGCUGUGAUCAACCAGCUGGAGCAAGGCAUCAGACUGCCCAAACCAGAUAACUGCCCUCCUGCCCUCUACUCACUCAUGACCCGCUGCUGGUCCUACGACCCCAGUGAAAGACCCAGUUUCACUGAGUUGGUUAUGAAGAUCAGUGAUGUCCACAAGAUGGAGAAGGAGCAGGAAGCGGAGAGAGAGAGAGACAGAGUGCGUUCCACCAAAUUGUUCGAGUCCAAGUUCAACAUUGACCCCCCGCCUAAGCCUUCAAGAAUGAAACCAGCCCGGUUUGGGAACACACUCAGUAUUGGUCUGCACAUUCAGCUCAAUGAGGCUCUGUGUGCCAGCUCACCUGACCUGGCCAGCCCAUGUGACUAUCAGUCUCCUGUCGACUCCAGCAACACUCUCACACUACCUGCCAAGUCGCCCCGGCGCCGCAGCAUGGGGGAGAACGAGUUUUUCAGAGUGGAACGGAACACCGGGGAAGACGCCCAGCUCCUGUGGCAGAGGGAGAAACACCAGAUACAUGAAACGCUCCGCAAGCAGAAAGAGCAGAUGAUGGAGGAUAAAAAGUGGCUGAAAAAGGAGGAGAGACUGCUGGACCCCAUGGGAGUAGAAGAUACUGCCAAUCCAGAGCCGGCUGACAUCGAGAUUGCAGUGCCUGAGAAGCCGCCACGACUCACAGCAAAGCCUGCGCCCACAGCUGAGCUUGACCGCACAGAUGACAAAGUAUAUCACUGCGUCAUGAACUUGGUCAAAGUAGUCGUCCAGCUCAAGAAUGACAUCGCUGGGCUGCAGCCAGAGCAAUGCAUUACCCAUAUCAAGUCUGUUGGGAUGGCAUUAAGAGAUUUAAUUACCAGUGUGGAUGAGAUACUGCCCACCUUACACGGGUCUGUGAGGACGGAGAUCGAAGGCACCCAGAAGCUGCUGAACCAUGACAUGGGGGAGCUGAUCAGCAAAAUGCGGUUGGCUCAGCAGAAUGCCAUAACUUCUCUAAAGGAGGAGUGUAAGAAACAGAUGCUGGCUGCCGCACACACUCUGGCUAUGGACAGCAAGAACAUGUUGGACGCUGUGGAUCAAGCAAGAGUCAGGGCCAAUUUAGCAAAGCCUGCUCCCCCCUAAAAGACAUUAGAUUUUUUUUUUCAGUUUCACAUCAAACUAAAUAGGGACUUCUUUUUUUUUUUUCUUAAUAUGUGAAAGUCAAAAAUAACAUUUGUGCAUUGUAAAGCAUGCAUUUUUAGUUGGAUCACAUCGAUCAAUCAGUGAAAUGAAUCCUGCAGCAUCACCGGUACUUUGGAUAGCCACUGUCACGUUAAUGAGAGUUUAGUUUAAAUGUGAUGCUACAUAUGGAUGCAUGUGUAUUUUUAGGUAAUGCGAUAAUACAGAAAUGUGUCAUUUUCCUUUUGCGGUCCCCUUGCAUCAUGUUUAGGAUGUCAGUUAUGCUAAAUUUUAAAUGAUAACUGUACCUGUGUGUGAUUGGUGAAGUGUUGACUCAGAUAUUUGCUUUGAAAGUUGUAUUUGUAAAUAUAAAAUGUGUUGCAUGGGAAAUGUUUCAUGCAAAAAAGAAAACACAUGCGAACAGUUUACUUUUGUCAGUAGUGAAAUGUAAAUAUAGCAUCAAUGGCGUUUUGUUGUCGUCUUUGGUUGGCUGUAUCGCAAAAAGUCAUGGGAAUUAAAAUCCUCCAACCAAUGAAGGAAGCUCCCAAAAAUCAUAUCCACGACAGAUUAACCUGGUUUCACUUAAAUCCAACCAAGAUUGCAGGAUAAGUAGCGAAUUUUGUGAACGCUGAAAACUGCCUUUAAAAUGACAAACACGACGUGGAGCUUGUUUGGCUGAAGAGUCAUUAGGUGAUCAAAUUACUGCAAAUUCUGAGCCAUACUCUAGAAGGAUGAGUGAUUCUAGUGAACUGUAGAGGGAGGGGUGGAUGUGUGCCUUGCCAUGGCAUGAGCUCACUGGUCGUCUGGCUGGAUGAGAUAAAAAUGACCAUAUAAAAAGGUUAGUUGGCCAUUUAAGUGGCAUGACUCACACUAAAACAAUAAACUAAAGAGCACAGUAUUAUCCUCGCAAAGACCCAGCAAUUCAUUGUUGUCCUCUGUUAGGGACAUGAGUCUGAGACCUCUGCAUAGGGAUGGGUAUUGAUAAGAUUUUCACAAUUC